GAUGCGCACACGCACACACCCCCACUCUCCCUCCCUCCCUCCUUCCCUCUGCGCCUGGAGCCCGCUCGCUCGCUAGCUCUGUCCGGAUAAUGAUCUUCAGACUCAGAAGAAUAGAGCAAAAAUGGUUAACCGGGAGUUGAAAACCAAAAUCAGUGAAAAGGAGAAAGAGCAUCACACUUCUGAUGACUCCACUGAAGGGUCCCUGGACAUGUGCUGCAGUGAGUGGCUAUCUGGUCUCCCCCAGCCCAUAGCAAUGGAGGCUAUCGAUGAGAAUGAAGGGCACCCAGACCAGCAGGGGGAAACAGCAUCACCCCCACAGUCCUCGGAGAGAGAGACACAGCCCGCCCAGUGUCCCUGGGGCCAACCUCUGACUGGGGGUGGCAGCAUGUGCUUGUUCGCCAUCUCCCAAUUCUUGCUCGCCUUAGGAGUGCUCUGGCUCAGUGGAUAUGGCUCUGUCGCUCUGCAGGGAGUCAUGGAUAUGGGAUCCUCCUUGCUCACACCGUUGGGCCAGCUGCUCAUUAUUCCAGAGGUCUGCUUAAAGAUAGGAAGCAUGGAAACAUCUGGAUUUCUGGUGGUCUUCCUGGCUUUUGGGCUGAUCCUUGCUACGAUCUUGGUUUGGCAUCUCCUGGGAACUUCCCCGGAGCUUCCCCCGAAGCAACCUGAGGACAGGCGCCAGUCUGUGAGCCGCCAGCCAUCUUUCACCUACUCGGAAUGGAUGGAGGAAAAAACUGAGGAUGACUUCUUGGAUCUGGACCCUGUCCCGGAGACACCGGUGUUUGACUGCUCAAUGGACAUUAAACCAGAGGCUGAUCCCACCUCCUUGACAGUCAAAGCCAUGGGCCUACAAGAGAGGAGAGGCUCAAAUGUGUCCUUGACACUGGACAUGUGCACUCCAGGCUGCUCUGAGGAGGGUUUUGGCUACAUCAUGUCUCCACGUGAGGAGUCAGCUCGAGAGUACCUGCUCAGUGCCUCCCGGGUCCUCCAAGCUGAGGAGCUCCAUGAGAAGGCAUUAGACCCAUUCCUGCUACAGGCAGAGUUCUUUGAAAUACCCAUGAACUUUGUGGAUCCAAAAGAAUAUGACAUUCCUGGCCUGGUGAGGAAGAAUCGCUACAAAACCAUCCUUCCCAACCCCCACAGCAGGGUAUGCCUUACCUCGCCAGACCAAGAUGACCCCCUGAACUCGUACAUCAAUGCCAACUAUAUAAGAGGCUAUGGAGGGGAGGAGAAGGUGUACAUCGCCACUCAGGGACCCAUUGUCAACACCGUGAGUGACUUCUGGCGGAUGGUGUGGCAAGAGCACGCCCCCAUUAUUGUGAUGAUCACCAACAUUGAAGAAAUGAAUGAGAAAUGCACAGAGUACUGGCCAGAGGAGCGAGUUGUAUAUGACGGGGUCGAGAUCACAGUGAAGCAGGUCAUACAGGCUGAUGACUACCGGCUUCGUCUUAUCACCCUGAGGAGUGGGACUGAGGAGCGCGGCCUGAGGCAUUACUGGUUCACCUCGUGGCCAGACCAGAAGACCCCGGAUCGGGCCCCCCCACUGUUGCAGCUGGUCCUGGAGGUGGAGGAAGCUGCGGGCUGGGAGGGGCGGAGCUUCGCGCCCAUCAUCGUUCACUGCAGCGCCGGGAUCGGAAGGACCGGCUGCUUCAUUGCCACCAGCAUUUGCUGCAAGCAGCUGCAACGAGAGGGUGUAGUGGACAUCCUGAAGACCACUUGUCAGCUCCGUCAGGACAGGGGCGGGAUGAUCCAGACUUGCGAGCAGUACCAGUUUGUACACCACGUCAUGAGCCUGUAUGAGAAGCAGCUUUCUUCCCAAGCCAAGGGGCCCGAGAGCGCAGCCCUGGCCUGAGACCUGCCUGGCCCGGUGGAAGCUGCCAGGGCCCAGGAGCAUCCCGAGCUCCUCCUUUUAGCUUUCUUUUGUUCUUCGCUUCAUCUGCUUUGUCUGCACCAGUCGUGAAAACCCCUUCCAACUGCAGCUCUCUCUACUGUAAAUACCAGGACAGGGCAUCCCCUGCCGAGCCCUGCCCCCGCUCUGGCUUCCCCGGCUUCCCCCAGUCCCAUUUUUUAACUUGAUCCAAAUACUGUAUGUGCUGGACUCUGUGUAUCCCACUGUCUGUCCAUCUAUUUCUGAUGUUUUAACCGGACACUGUGUCUCCUCUGCCUGGGCUCGGAGCCCACUCUGGGGAGCAGCUUAUUCCGGGGAGGGAGGGGGAGCCUUGGAACCCGGCUUACUAAGGGGAGCCAGGUACGGAGUAAACUCAGGGGGAGGGAGGGCUAAUAAGUCAUGGAGAGGAGGGAUGGGGCCGGACUGCCCCCUGGCUAGACCUUCUGCCUGCUCCUUCUACCCACAGCCUUAGGCCGCCCCCUCCCUGCCUUAGGCUUCCCCUCCUCUCGACUGGCUCUCCCAGCCAAUCCCCAACCUCAGUCUUAUACUUUGCCCACCCUCCCACCCGCAGCCACAGGCUGCCCUGCCCACUCCUCCCUUCCCCUCCCCCAACCAGAGGCUGUCCUUUCCCCCAGUCCCACUAUUUUACUCCUACUUUAGUCUUCCCUCUCCUAUCCAUAAAUUACCCCCUUCUCUCAUUCCCAUCUUAGGUUCUUCCUUCCCCAGUAAUAAUCACUCCCUACCCACCCGCCUCCUGAGGCUCCCCUUCCCCACCACCCCUAUCCCCAGGCUGCAGAAGAACAAUCACAAAUUUUAAUUGACAUCUCCCCCAACACCCAGAGAAGGAGUGCUUCUCCCCAGGCAAUCCCACCUCCUGGAGGAGAGGAAAGAGGGGAGGGGAGGAGCUAUGUUUUGGGGUACAAGGACUCCCCCUGAGAAGAACUGAUGCCCCUGAGCCAAGUGGGAAGGGGCAGGGGCUGGCCCCAGUUCUGUGCAGAGUAUUUUCCUGUGUCACUGUGGGGAAGCUCUUCCCAAAUCGUGUAUCCGUGGGUAUGUUCCGUGUCCGUGAGUGUGUAGAGAACGCAUCAGCAGGGUGUGCAUGAUUUUGGCAACGUGUUAUCCUGGAGCCACGUGGUUUUAUAGCUGACUUCAAGUAUUUAAUCUAUGGCAGACUGAGGCGUCUUUUUAUAACUGCUCGUGGUCACUGAAUAGAGCAAUAAACACCGCAUUUUGAGCAAAA